CUGGCACCGUUACCCAAAUCAAAAAGCUUCCACCGCCACCGCAAUAUCAACACCAGCAAUUACUGCCAACCUACGCCAUUUCUGGGUCUUGGCCUCCGGAGUAGGAGGAGGGAUGGUAUUAGUACCAGAAGAACAAUAAAGAAUUGCUAUUUGGUGUCUCGUUCGAUAACUGAAAGGCCGAAGAAGAAGAAACUCCCCGCGCCCCUCAGGACCUUGAAUACAUUCGCGAAACCCAGAGAGUCUGUUUUGUCUGUUUGUACUCAUUCCUUUGUUUUCAUUUCUCUAAUACUACUUUUUUCACAUGAGUUUAUUUGUGUAGGUUUUGGAAUUUCUCUAGAAAAACAGAGACAUUAAAUAGAUUGAGGUUAAGCUGACUCUAAUGAUAGAGGACCCAAGAGAAGUUGAACAAAGGAGAUUACUUGGCAUUGAUGAAUUUCUGAUGUUUCUUUCACCUUCCGGGAGGAAACAUUUCAAACUCGUAGAACACCAUGGUGAUUCCAGACUCGGGUUUAUUUGCCACCACAAACAACAGAACCCAAGCAGGAGUUGAUGUCUAUAUGACCGAAGACCAUCUCCAUGAGCUUCAGUUUUUGGUAACUGAAGAUCCUAAAAUCUUGAUGAAAAAGGAGAGCGUGAAAAAGGAGAAGCAGAUUAUGGUUGAUCCAAUAUCACUGAGACAAUCGUCGUUGAGAGAAGCUAGCUUCAAUAUAUUGUUGCAGCCUGUUGUUACAGCCCGAAACUCUCCACCACCUCUGCUGCCUGCAAAUUCCAGGUUCGUUAGCUGCAGUCUACCCAACUCGGCCUCUUCAUCUGCACGAUUCAGUUUCAAUCAUCUGAAGAAGAAAUGGAGAAACGAAGGCCAAGAAUCUCCCCGAAAAAUUGAUCUUAUAGCUCGCCAACACUCUUCUGCACACUCACUGCAACAGGUAAUCGAUUUACGGAAGAGUCAAUCUUAUGCUGAAGGAAAAGCAUAUGAACCUUCUGAUGAAUUUGAUCUCUGGUUCAGUGAACCAAAUGCUACCAAGCUUGACAACAGGAAUCAUGAGAGCUUCAACAAAACCAAGACCGGCAAAGUUAUUCACAAGAAUGGUAAGAAUAUGGAUCAUGACAAUGAUGAAUUUAAAUGCGGUGCCCUUUGUCUGUACCUCCCAGGUUUUGGCAAGGGAAAGCCAGUGAGAACAAGAAAGGUAGAACCAGAGAUGGAAAAUGUGAUAUCCAGGACAGUUUCCUUGGAAAAAUUUGAAUGUGGAUCUUGGGCUUCAUCAGCCAUACAUGAAGAAGAUGGAGACUCGACGAAUCGCUACUUUGAUCUGCCACUUGAGUUGAUUCAGAGUAGUGUGAACGAUGCACAUUCACCAGUUACUACGGCUUUCAUGUUCGACAAGGAUCGCAGAGUGACUCUCAAGCAUGGUCCAACCAGAGCAACCUCCAGAAAAUCCCAUGAAUCCUCUCGCCAUGUUCGGUUUCCACCAUCUUCUCCAUCAUCAAACCCUGCCUCACCCGCUUCUUGUAUUUCCCCACGCUUGCGCAAGGCGAGAGAAGACUUCAAUGCCUUUCUACAAGCACAGAGUGCAUAACCAUUGCUGGAUCAGCAUUUUUAAACUUUUGGUUCAAGCUGUUCUGUGACUAUUUUUUUUUUGGGUUCUAUUUUCAUGUCUUCCUGUUGAGGAUCUCUCUUUGGUGUAAUGUUGAAGAUUUGGAUGGGAGUCAUGACUAAAUAUGUACUGUCCCUUCUACUGGAAAGUAAUAUGAAGCAUUGACUAUUGAGUUGCAUUUU